AUGUUAAAGAAAAAAUCAUGUGAAAGAAUAAUAAUAGAAAAGGAAAAAUAUUGGAGAAAAAUAUGGCUUUUAAUAUACACCUUAAUAAAUUUGAUAUUAAUUAAAUGUAAACUAUAUGGAAUAAAAUAUAAUGAGAAAAAUGUAUGCAAUUCUACUUUUAUAAGAAUUAGAUAUCAGAGGAUUUUGAUACAAACAGAAGAAUUGUCACCGACACAAGUGGACGUACUUAGGCAAACAUUAAUAAAAGAUUUAUCAGGUGGUAGGUCCAUAGUAGGACAAGAAAAUUUGUUAAGUAAUAAACUAGAUAACGAUCUUAUAACAAAAAAAUUGAUAGAAAGAGGAAUUUUAAAAAGUAACAUAACAGGAACGAAGGAAAUAAAAAAUGAAGGAGAAAAAAAGAAAGAAAAAGAGGAAGUUGUAGAAUAUGAAGAAAUUGAAGUUGAAGUGGAUGAAGAUGAAGAUGAAGAUGAAGAAGUGGAAUAUGUAGAAAUUGAAGUAGACGACGACGAAGAAAUAGAAUAUGAAAUAAUUGAAGUUGAGGUGGAUGAUGAUGAUGAUGAAGAUGUAGAAUAUGAAGUAAUUGAAAUUGAGGUGGAUGACGAUGAAGAAGUGGAACUACUUGAGGAUAAAGAAGAAAAAAUAGAAGAAGUAAAAGAAAAUAAGCAACUAAAAGUUGAAUCAUUGGAAAAAAAACCAUUAGAAAUUAAAACAACUCCAAAAUAUCCAUUCGUGACAGAUGAACAAAAGGAAAUAGAUCCAUUAAAAAAAAAUGAAAUAAAAUCUUACGAUCCUUUUAAAAGGGACACAAUUAAAGCGCAAGAUAAUUUAAAUGGAAACGAAAGAAAAGCAUAUGAUCCUUUUAAAAAGGAUAUGGUUAAACCAGAAGAUAAUUUAAGAAAGGAAGAAAGUAAAACAUAUGAUACUUUAAAAAGAAAUGUAACACAAAUGCAAGAUAAUUUAAAAAGGGAAGAAAGUAAAACAUAUGAUACUUUAAAAAGAAAUGUAACACAAAUGCAAGAUAAUUUAAAAAGGGAAGAAAGAAAACCAUAUGAUCCUUUAAAAAGAGAUGCAACACAAACGCAAGAUAAUUUAAGAAGGGAAGAAGGAAAACCAUAUGAUCCUUUAAAAAGAGAUGUAACAAAAGCGCAAGAUAAUUUAAAAAGUGAAGAAAUAAAAAUACAAGAUACAUUUAAGGCAGAUGCUAUAAAAACACAAGAUAUUUUAAAAAGUGAAGAAAUAAAAAUACGAGAUACAUUUAAAGCAGAUGCUAUAAAAACACAAGAUAAUUUAAAAAGUGAAGAAAUAAAAAUACAAGAUACAUUUAAAGCAGAUGCUAUAAAAACACAAGAUAUUUUAAAAAGAGAAGAAAUAAUAAUACAAGAUACAUUUAAAACAGAUGUUGUAAAAGCGCAAGGUAAUAUAAAAAGGGAAGAAAUAAUAAUACAAGAUGCUUUUAAAAAAGAUGAAAGGAAAUCUCAAAAUACGUCCAAAAUGGAUGAAAUAACAAUACAGGAUAAUUUAGGGAGAGAUAGAAUAAUAGUAAAGGAUACUUUUAAGAAAGAAGAAAUAAAAUCGCAAGAUCAUUUAAAAAGAGAAGAAAUAAAACAAAAGGAUAUAUUAAAAGAAAACGAAGUAAAAAAAAUAGAUCCUUUAAAAAAAGAGGAAGCCAAACCGACCGAUCUGCUAAAGAAAGAAGAAGCGAAACCGAAAGAUCCAUUAAAAAAAGAGGAAGUAAAACCAUCAGAUACUUUAAAGAAAGAAGUGAAACCAACAAAUACUUUAAAGAAAGAAGUGAAACCAACAAAUACUUUAAAGAAAGAAGAAGCCAAACCAACAGAUUUGUUAAAGGAAGAAAGGAAAACAAAAGAUACUUUAAAAAAAGUUGCAGAACAAAAGGGAGGUUUGACCACAUUAGAUAAAAUAAAAAUUAAUACAGUUAAAAAUAAAUUCAAAAUACGAAUACCUUAUAAAAAUUCAAAAGUUAUUGAAAGCAAAAUAAAUGAUAUUUUGAAUGCAGAAUAUGAAGAUGCAGAUGAAGAUUUAACAAAAAAAUAUAGAAUGAAAGAACUUAUGAGUUUAUAUUUUGAGGAUAUGGAUUACUUUCAUCAAAGUGAUAUAUAUAAAGUUAUUGAAAAAUAUAGUAAACAAAAAGAAUAUUCUUCUAUUAUGACACCUAUGUUUAAGGAUUUUAUGGAAACACAUCGCAUAAGUUCUAAAUUAAGUAAAACUAUUCUGGUAACACUUGGACUAAUUGUCAUCCUUACAAUAACCUUAGGAAUAGUAGGCAUUGCCGCUGGAUCUUCAAUAGCUACUUUUUCUACGGCUCUCUAUGUAAUGGUUGGAGUAUGUGCAUUUUUAUCAUUGUCAUUUCCAGGUUUAUUAUUUUCAAGGGCUAAAAGAACAAAAGCAUUUAUAGAAAAAUAUUUUAAAAUUAAAGGCAUAGAAUAUAACAACACGAAUGUUAAUAAUAUAAAUUCAUUUCAAGGGGUAGUAAAAAAUAUAUGGAAUAAAAAAAAUAGCACAAAGUUUAACUCAAAUGAAAAAACUGUAAAUGAGAAAUCGCACCAAAAAAAUAUAAGCGGAAAAACACUUCCAACAAACAUUACAAGUAAGGCACCACAGAAUAAUGUACAAAACAAACCACGACAGAAUAUACAAAACCAACAUGAAAAAAAUGUACAAAGUAAAGCACCUCAACAAAAUAUACAAAAUAGGGCACCACAAAAAAAUAAACAAAAUAAUACUCCUGUGCAAAAUACAAUAAGUAAAUCUCAAGUACAAAAUAGAGUAAAUAAAUCUCCAGUGCAAAAUGAUUAUUCAAAACAUAAUGGACGAGGUCCUAACCAAAUGAAUAGACCUAAUCCUAAUAGACAUGUAGCACAACCAUUAAGAUAA